AUGCAAUUAUUGGUAUUCUCAUUUGCCGCACUUCUUGCAACCUCCCAUGUAGUUGCGACACAGAGUCAGCAGUCGCAAGACUGCUCCGAUUCAACCUCAACUAGUGCUGCGUGCGAGUCCAGUCGUUCUUUGAGCAAUCUUCGACUAGAAAUUGAAGCUCAAGGAAAGAUUCGAUCUUUAAUUGAAGACCAUGAUGAAGAACUUGGCCAAAUUAGAUAUUACUUUAUGGAAAAGCAGCAUACGCUUAACGAGGCUGACGAGAGGUACAGACAUACUAUGGUCGAUGCCAAAAACUCAAACUUACCACCUUACAUGAAGCUUCGGGCAAAUCAGAGGUUCGAGGCUGCGACAGUUGCCUGUAGGAAAGCAAAACACGAUUAUGAAAAUGCCAGGAAAAGUCUUAUGCAUGCACAAGACUACAAGAGUCUCUUGAAACGGCUUCAAACUCGGCCUGGAGCCAACUAUAAACAAUUCACCACCUAUUUGCAUAAUAUCUGGAGUGAUAUGAGAAACGCCAAACACGAAUAUAUGCAAGCAAAGGAAGACAUGGAGAGAGAUCGAAGGGACGCGGUACACUAUCAUGGUUCAAAAAUACACUUGUACAAAGCGUAUCGGUCAUCCCUUGGAAUCUUUCAAGAAAAGAAACAGCGCUUUGCCAACCUUAAAGCAAAGUUUGAAGACUUUGCAAUCAGGAAUCGUGGGCAAUACGAGCAUUUUGUCUUUAGUAGACUUCAGAAAAAGUCGGAGGAUAACCCUGAAUUUCCAGAUUCUAGCUCCAAGUGCGUCGGAGUCUGGAUUUCUGGUUUUAGACCCAGGCUUACUGAACAGAGUUUCACCUCCACCAAAGAUGAUUCUCAAGAUGCCGAUCCUAUUUCUGAGCCUGUCGAACAGAGUUCUAUUCCUGCUGAAGAUGAUUCCCAAGAUGCUGAUUCUGAGCCUGAGUCUGUCGACCAGAGUCAUAAAAAGCCUGUGAUCUACAAAACCACUACUACCACCACCACCGCUGGAGAUCAUACCAAAGGUGUUGAUCCUAUGUCUGAGCCUGUCGAACAGAGUUCUAUUCCUGCUGAAGAUGAUUCCCAAGAUGCUGAUUCUGAGCCUGAGUCUGUCGACCAGAGUCAUAAAAAGCCUGUGAUCUACAAAACCACUACUACCACCACCACCGCUGGAGAUCAUACCAAAGGUGUUGAUCCUAUGUCUGAGCCUGUUGAGCAGAGUCCUAUUCCUGUUGAAGAUGAUAUUCAAGAUACUGAGCCUGUCUCUGAAGAUGAUCUUGAAGAUGCUAAUUCUGAACCUAUCGAACAGAGUCCUAUUCCUGCUGAUGAUAUUCAAGAUGCUGAUUCUGACUCUGUCUCUGAAGAUGAUCUUGAAGAUGCUAAUUCUAAGCCUAUCGAACAGAGUCCUGCUCCUGCUGAUGAUAUUCAAGAUGCUGAUCCCAAGCCCAGCCCUGCUGAACAGAGUCCUAUUCCUGCUGAUGAUAUUCAAGAUGCUGAUCCCAAGCCCGAGCCUGUUAAACAGGGUCGUAGAAGGCCUGUGAUUGUCAUGAUUAGUACUACUACUACUACCAACACUGGAAGUUAUAUCAAAGAUGCUGAUGCCAAGCGCAAGUUUGUCGAACAGAGCUCUACCGCCACUAAAGGCGAUCUCCAAGGUGCUGAUUCCAAGCCCGAACCUGCGUCAUGA